AUGGAGUGUUUCCGGCAGCUAGUUCGACUGGUUAAGGCACCGUUCAAGCGCGAAAAGCCGCAGCAGCGGGUGCUGGAGAUCGGACCCCCUACCGAUUUCCGAAAGGAGGAGAUGCCUUCGUUUUUCCCGGAUGACGAUGCCGCCACACUACACAGUCGUGGAUCGACUUUCGAGAAGGAGAAGGACAUCGCCAUCACGGCCACCGAACGUCAACCGUCCACCCGGGACAAGAUCAAGACUCAUGUCCGCAAGUUGAGUGUUCGGGCCGCCGCGAAGCCACUGCCCUCCGAAGAGGAAUGA